CCGCCACACCCACAUCACAUCCCUCCCUCCUAGUCCUAGCUACAACGACCAGCGAUAUAGUAAGGUGACACUUACCCGGCCUGCUCCACACAGUGCCCCAAGCAAAAACCUAUCGCUCCUAUACAUCUGGCAGUUGUGCCACUCCUUUGAGCAACACAUCACACCCUCCCUGCUGCGGGCCGGAUCGGAGCUGCAGCUGCCCUUGCUUAUAUUCCCUGGUCUCUCCUCUCCAUUGCUUCCUUCAGCUCCUCGCUCUCCUCAGUCCUUACCAUCCAUCGAUCGCGAAGGAAGGGUGCUGAGGAGGCUUUCCCAUGCACCCUCGUUCCCUACUAGCCACACACCAGCUAUGAGACACCCCGGCUACUUCCUUCUUGGUACGUACUGGUGGCGGUACUGAAAACUACUCCGCAGAGAUACACGAGAAGACGUAUAGUUCUGUACCUAGCCAAGCCAAGCUACCUCCCUCGCUCGCUCCACACCUGCCUGCAUGGGCGGCGGCGGCGAAGGCAGAGACAGCGGCGGCGGCGGCGGCGCGGCGAGCUUUCGGGAGGCGGCUCGUGACUUCAGCAACGUCGCGUCCUUCUCCGAGCUUCCGUUCCUGCAGCGCUCCGCCGCCCCGCCCCGUGGAAGCCCCCACAACUCCGGCAUCCGCAUCUUCGGCAUCGACGUCCCGCACUCCCCACCGGAGAGAAACUCUAAUAAAGAUGCCACGGCCGCUACUACUACUACCGCCGCCGCUUCCGCCACGCAGAGCAGCGGCGGCGGCGGGGCCACCACCGACAGCAGCAGCAGCAGCAGCCGCAAGUUCGAGUGCCACUACUGCUGCAGGAACUUCCCGACGUCGCAGGCGCUCGGGGGCCACCAGAAUGCGCACAAACGCGAGCGGCAGCACGCCAAGCGCGUGCAGAUGCAGUCCGCGAUGGCCGCCGCCGCAGCCGCGGCGGCGGCGGCUGGCGGCGCGCACCACCACCACCUACUCGGCUACCCGCAGCACCGCUUCGGCGUCGCAGGCCCCACGGUGGCGACAUUGUACCCCUCGUGGCCAACAAUGAGGCCUCCAGCUCCAGCAGGCGCCGGUGCCGGUGCCGUCGCCAUCGGCGGCCCGCAGUUCUACAGCGGGAUCGGCUCGAUCGCCCAGCCGAUCAACGGGAGCCCCCUCCUCACGGCUGCCGGGCUCUGGAGGGGCCCGCCGCCGCCUGCUGCCGGGCAUGGGAACGCGAGCUUGCCGUCGUCACCAGGCGGAGAGCGCCGCCGGCCGGUCGCGCUCUCGUCCUCGUCCCCCGUGUUCCGCGGAGACGAUCCGAGGGCUUCCACUUCUCUUUUGGCGGCGGCGUCGUCGCCCUCCUCUUCCUCCUCUUUGCUGCUAUCUCCACAAGGUCAGUUUGUCUGUGAGCAGCCUGCUGCCACCACUGCGGCCGAGGGCGUGAGCCUAGAUUUGCAUCUAUAAUUGUUUCCUUUUGGUCGUCUAUGCUGCUUUUAGCGGACGACGGUGGUGUGAGCCUAGAUUUUCACUGAAUUCAGAUUGUGCAUGCCUUGUUUCCUGACACGGGUGCACAAGAAUUUCAUCUAUCAAAGUUUCGGAACUUUUUGUCUGUGUGCAUACACAUAUACAGAAAGAUUCAGACAAUAUGUUAGGGUUUGGAUUUUGUCGCUGAAUUGAACACAAGAAAUCAAUGCAUCAGGUGUAGAUUUCAUGG